CGCGCGGGUGAUGCGCUAGCCAUGAUCUCGCAGAAGCUGUCGUACGGCGACGUGCCGACGUCCGCGACGCUGUCCUCCUUGUCGCCGGGCCUCGCGCCGCCCUACGUCAACGGUAUGGGCUGCAUGCCCGCGCAGCCCUACCCGAACCUGUACGCGAACAACAUGGUGGCCGGCGGCUCGUGCAUGGGCUCGCCUGGCGUGGGCUACUCGCCGCCCAGCACCAUGGCGUCGUGCAUGGGCGGUGGCGGCGCCGUGCCCUACGGUAGCCUGCCACGCGAGCAGGAGGCCGCGUCACCAACAUCGGCGCUGCAACGCGCGCGCAACGACAAAACCUACCGCCGCUCCUACACGCACGCCAAGCCACCCUACUCCUACAUCUCGCUCAUCACCAUGGCGAUCCAGAACAACCCCUCGAGGAUGCUCACGCUUUCCGAGAUCUACCAGUUCAUCAUGGACCUGUUCCCGUUCUACCGCCAGAACCAGCAGCGCUGGCAAAACUCGAUCCGGCAUUCGCUCUCCUUCAACGAUUGCUUCGUCAAAGUGCCGCGCACCCCCGACAAGCCGGGCAAGGGAUCGUUCUGGACGCUGCAUCCGGACAGCGGGAACAUGUUCGAGAACGGCUGCUUCUUGCGGCGGCAGAAGCGGUUCAAGGAUGAGAAGAAGGAGACUAUCCGGCAAGCGCAGAAAGCGGCCCACACGCACCACGGGGGACAUGACAAGCGCGAGCACGGUCACGAGAAGUCCGGCGCUGGCCCGGGCGAGGAGAAGGAGAUGCGAGACGAGCUGCUGGCCCAGCUACACGCGGCACCCGAGUUGUGCCUGCCGGAGCACACGCCGCUCGCGCUUGAGCAUUACGCGCACCUGAAGCAGGAGCCCACGGGCUACGCGCCCGCCACGCACCCCUUCAGCAUCACGCGCCUGCUGCCCGGCGCCGACACCAAGAGCGACCUGAAGAUGUACGACGUUAACUACGGCUACGGCCACGCGCCCGCCGACAACUACUACCAGUCGUCGCUGUACCACCACCACGCGCACCACUCGCAGCCGCCCUUGUGACAGUACCCGCUGGCGUAGGCGCCGCGCUGCCCGAGCAUUCCUUGGCCGCGCCGCGGGUAAGUGCGAGCUUACCUCACCCACGCCCAAACCUCACGGCAACCCGGACUCAGUGUGAGCGUGUUGUGUUCUUGUGAUAUGCCGCCCGGGGCCGGUUUGUAUAUUGUGUACAUAUUUCCAAUAAUUUUGAUCCGUUGUGCGCAUUAGUAGGUAGUUGUUCGAUGCACGGCCCGCGGGCGGCGGCUAAAUUAGGCCUAACUCGAACUGUGGGACUCUCGCGAAAGUGUUCAUGUGAGUCCUCUGAACUGAUAACCAUUCGUAUACCAAAUCUUAUUGGGAUUGUUUAUGGAAUACCCGGUUAUUUAAAAAGUUAUUUGGCAUGUUAUUAUUUUACUACGUUAAACAGGAAAUAUUGCGAUAAAAUGCCGUAAGUUCCGUAUUUACUAAGCAGCUUUAUCUUCUUAGCGGUAUUUCUAGAUAAAUGUUAAUUUAAUAUGUUGUAUAAAUAAAGCUUUUGCCGCCCAAAACAAUGAUCGCGUUAUGUGACAUAAUGUUUGUGGCAAUCGCGGUGAUAAGACGAUCGAUAUCACGCUUAUCAUUUUCUCUAUCGAUUUCGAUAAAUUGAAUGUGCGCGCGUUGAAAUCUUUUACUUUAACAUAAACAAAAUAUUAUUAACUUAAUUAGAUUUAUGACAAUUAUUUGCCAACU